AUGCACUUUGGUUCAUCCAGCCCCGGAUCGGAACGGACAGCAACGACUCUUGAUACGCCACGACGACCACAAAACUGGUCACCAAUCGUCAUCUCGGGGCCGUCCGGUGUCGGCAAGGGCACGCUCCGCCAGAAGCUCCGCGAGAGGCACCCUGGCCUGUUUGCCACGACGGUCUCGCACACAACGCGCGCGCCACGACCGGGGGAGAAGCACGGCCGCGACUACCACUUUGUGUCGUGGGACGAGUUCCGGGCUUUGGUCGAGAGCGGUGCUUUCUUGGAGCACAUGGAAUACAACGGCAAUCUCUACGGCACAAGCAAAGCAACGGCGACGCUGCACCACGAAGGUCAAGUUCUCCUCCUGGACAUUGACGUCGAGGGUGCAAAGAGUCUGAAAAGAGAGGCGGCGAUCACGCCUCGAUACGUUUUCAUACGGCCACACGAUCUGACGGUGUUGGAACAGCGCCUACGAGGACGAAACACGGAGACGGACGAAGCCAUCCAGCAGCGCCUGGCCCGGGCACGCGUGGAAAUGGCAUUUGCUGCCAGCACAGAAUCGGGUUUCGACAAGAUCAUUGUCAAUCACAAUCUCGAGGAAGCGGUGACGGAACUUGAAUCUUUUAUUUUCGAGCGAAGUUAG